GAGAGAGAGAGAGAGAGAGAGAGAGAGAGAGGGGCUAAUCGGAUUAUGGAGCUUCAGUUUUCCACGCGUGUCUCUAAAGCGGUCGCAAUGGAUGUAGCAGUUUUACUUUCUAUAUCCUGUGUAUUACAUAUUGAAAUAUUCACCGAAAAACACAUUCGACAACGUCUUAAAUCGGGUUUUAAGAAUGGUUUUCAACGAUCGACGAUGAGUUCUCGCUCGCCUUGAUGGCAUAACUAAAAUGACAACUUUUUUGGGAAACUUUAUUUAAGACGUAGAUAAUGACUCUCGGGAAAAGCGAACCUCCUUGGACGUGUUAAAUGCGUGGAUCAAAUUUGGAAUUGCAGCGCUUUGUAUGAAGUCACAGAGAUGGAUCUGUUUUUCAUUCCAGUGGUGUAGCUACCUAUAGCCUUCCGGCAAUUACACUGCAAAGUGCCGAUUGUUUUGGGAUUACCGGGGGUUACCGUUAUUUGGCUAGUUUAAAUAGGCUACUCCUAUAUUAUUACAUCAAGUAAAGUCUAAUUUAUUUAAAGCAGUUUAAAUUAUCACCAACAUUGGUCUCAAAACCCCUAGUUUUUUUUAAAAGACUGUUUUACCAAGUUUUGAUGUUGGCAACAAUUCAAGAAGUUUGGGGUUCAAGUGCACUGUUCUUUUUCCCUGUGGAUUUUUAUCUAGGGGGUCUAAAUGGUGCUGAUAACAGACGACAGGGAAGGAGGAGGGUCCUCUCCUGUCAAACUAAAACAAAUUCAAAAAAGUAGAAGUCGAAGCGAAGUUCAUCCCGCACACACAGUGGAAUAUGCUCAUUUCUCGGAAAAAUAUGACUAUCCGGGAUCUUGUGAAGAAGAAGACGACGGAGAUGAAGAAUUAUCCGAGUUACCCGAUACUAGGAGUAUUGCCUCAGAUGACUCAUUUUAUCCACCAGAUGAUAACUUUGAAGACAGUGAGAGGACAUUAUCUCCUGAGAGUCCUGUGCCUCUCUCCUUGUACCAAGCAUGUUGCAGCAAUAAUGCUGCCAUUGUUCUGAUUAUGAUACGGCAAGGAGUGUCUGAAGACGAAGUGAGAGAGACAGACAAAAACAGUAGGACAGGAUUGAUAGUUGCCUGUUACCAGGGAUAUGUGGAUGUAGUCGUUGCCCUUGCAGAGUGCCCUUACAUUGAUGUGAACUGGCAGGACAAUGAAGGCAACACUGCCCUCAUUACUGCUGCUCAGGCUGGACACAUAACCAUCUCUAACUACCUGCUCAACUACUACUCUGGCCUUGACAUCGAGAGAAGGAACUGUCAUGGCUUCACAGCUCUCAUGAAAGCGGCUAUGCAAGGCAGAACAGACUGUGUCCGAGCUUUGAUGCUGGCAGGAGCGGACCUGGAGGCGCGGGACGACGGGCGGAGGCUGACUCCGCGGCAGUGGGCCCUCUUCACGGGCCGCCACGAGACGGCCCACCUCAUGCUGCGCCUGAUGACCCAGCCGUGCCCCGAGCAGUACCGCGACUCCUACCGGGCCGAGUGGCCCAGGCUGCCGGAGCUGGUGGCCAGCGCUCGGGAGCCCAGGGGCUGGCUGCACAAGCUGUCGGAGACGGUGCGCGGCGCCCUCUCCUUCGCCGCCGGCUCGGAGCCCGCCGACGGCGGGGUGCUGGACCACAUGGUGCGCGCGACCACCGGCCUCACCAGCCCCUUCGUCGCCACGGCCUGCCGGACGGUGUGCCCGGGCAGCCCGCCCUGCGUCAGCAAGAGGCGCUACUCCGUGCAGGAGAUACUCCGGAGGGAGCGGGGCGAGCCGCUCCAGAGCCCGGACCCAGAGCGCCACGGCGACCACGGGCUGGUCUCCCGGCACUUCCGGGCCACCCUGGCCCCCAGGAGGAAGGACCGGCGGCCCAGCGCGGAGGACGCGGCGAGGCAGAGGCACGGCAGCCUGCUCGCCACGCGCCCGGCCAGGAGGGGCAGCGUGCGGCCGGACGCCGUCCUGCCCAAGCUGCGGGUGACCAAGGCCCCGCCCCCCGACUACGAGCCGGAGAAGAGCCGCAAGAAGAGCAGCUGCAAGGACGAGCACUUCCUGCAGAUCCCCAAGUGGAGGUACAAGGAGCUGAAGGAGGAGAGGAAGAAGGCCGAGGAGGCCGAGAAGAAGAAGAUGGAGGAGGCCGAGAGGAAGAGGGUCGUCGCACGGAGACUUUUGCUCACGGGGAAGAGGAAGUGAAACUCCCCUCCCCCACCCGAAACCUUAAAGCUGAGGAGAGUUGACCACCAGCUGCUGAGUUGAGCCACACGCCUUGUGAGGGCUUCAUACUUGAAAUAAUUUAUAUUAAUUUAUUUUCCUAUUUAUUGCUU